GAAGCAAUUUGCUGCUUACACGACGCACUCGAAAAGGUCAUGGCGAGCGUCCUCGCGUCGACCUGCGCCCAGCGCACGGCGCUCUUCGCCAAGUCGCUCGACGCGCUCUCUUCGUACAGCGUCUGCUCCAUCGUGAAGCAGCUUGGCGCCAACAAGUUUGAUUCGAAAGCGCUCCAGAGCAACGACUGCAAGAAGCCGGCGUGCGUGAGCGUGCUCGAGUCGUUCAAGUCGACGUUUGUCGGCUGCAUGCUCACAGACAUUGCCGACGUGGCGUCCGUCGACAUGGCGCGACUGAAGAGCUACUGCGGCGGCAUUGAUGCGUCCUAUGCGCCGGGCGCAGCGUCGCCGCAGCCGCUGCCUGAAGCGCCACCGCAAGACGCGGCCGUCGACAGCCCCAUGCGCGGUGGCCUCAGUACGACGAUCAUCAUUGCCAUCACAUGCGUUAUCAUCGCUGCGAUCGUCGUCGCCGGCUACGUCUAUUUGCGCAUUCGACGCGGCGCGGCCUCGGCGACCUUGUACACGUCGCCACCUCCGAUGCAGACAAGCAGCGAUCCAUAUGCGUCCGUGCUAAAGCACGGAAACGCCGGGUCGCAGUCCAACACGCGGACGAGCGAAAGCAGUGCAUCGAAUCCUGGCGCUGACGCCUCGACCUUGGACUUGUGCGAUCUCGACCUGUACCGCAUCUCACCGCGCGACGUCACGCUGGACAAGUCGCUCGCUCAAGGUGCGUAUGGUGAAGUGUGGCUCGGCACCCUCGAUGGACACACGGUUGCCGUCAAGAAGCUUUUGAACCACCGGCGAACACGGGACGAGCUGCAAAAGUUCAUUUACGAGAUUGCGCUCGUCGCCAAGAUGGAGUCGCGCUACGUCGUCCAGUUUAUCGGCGUCGCGUGGACGCGCCCGAGCGAUAUGAUGCUCGUGACCGAAUACAUGGAUGCUGGGGACCUCCGCAACCUCCUCCAAGCGACGGCGACGACCCGCACGUUCACAUGGACCAAGAAGCCAAAGGUCAUUCACCGCGACCUGAAAUCGCGCAAUGUGCUCCUCAACACCAAGAUGGACGCCAAGUUGACGGAUUUCGGCGUCUCGCGCGAGACAGACGACGCGACCAUGACGCCGGCAUGGCACGUGCUCCAAGACGGCCACUACACCGAGUCGGCCGACGUAUUUUCGUUUGGCGUGAUCCUCGCCGAGCUCAGCAACGAGAUUGUGCCCUACUCGGACUUGCGAAAUGUCAACGGCAACCCGUACACGGACACGGCGAUCAUGGCCAAGGUCAUGGUGGGCGAGCUCCAGCCGACGUUUGCGCCCGACUGCCCUCCUUGGUUUCGCGACCUGGGGCUGCAGUGCAUGAGCCGCCACCAUGCCGAUCGGCCCACCGCCAUGGAAGCCUCGUUCAAAAUACAGACGGAGCUCCGGCUACUCAAGUCGUCCUCAUAG